UGAUGAGAAUCAUUCUGGUCAGUUUUCGGGUCUUGAACUGACGACAUGUGAUAAAGCCUUAGGGUACUGAGUCGUACGAAAGCCUGUGAUAGUAUACUCUUAAAUAAAUACCAAAAUUUUGAGUUUAUAUUCCUGAAAAUCACCAAAAAGAAUUUAAAAAAUUAAAUAAAACAUGAAAUAAUAAUAUGACAAUAGCAACCGAACUUUGAACGCCAAGAACCAGAAGUCUGAAAAUGCCGUAUAAUUCAAGCAAGUCACCUUGUGCACCGUUUACCCCAAGUCUUCCCUCUCUGCUUACUAUAUAAUCAUCUGUACAUGCUUUCUCUACACACACUCACACAAGAACUCAAAGACUAGAUGGAUCCACAUGAUGGUGAUUCGUCGAGGGUUACUACUGACAAUGUAUCUCCAGUCGGAACUAACAGACGUAUUGCCUCGAACUGGACAAAGAGAAGGCUGCUGGGACGUAAAUCAUGUGGAUCAGUUUACGAAGGAUGCACAGAUGUUGGAUUCUUUUUCACGGUGAAGGAACUUUCUUUUCUUGAUCACGAAGUUCAGGGAAGUCGACUUGAAGAGGCGAUUUCUCUUCUCAGUACGUUUGAGCAUGAGAACAUAGUACAAUAUAUCGGUACAUCUAAGAAUGACUCGACUCUCCAUAUCUUUCUUGAAUUGGUAAGCAAAGGAUCACUUUUGAACCUUUAUCAGCAGUAUCAACUUAACAAUGCUCAAGCCUCAGCAUAAACAUGAGAUAUUUUGCUUGGUUUGAAGUAUCUGUAUGACCGACAUGUUAACACAGGGAUAUCAAAUGUGCCAAUAUCUUGAUUGAUACAAAUGGAACUGCAAAACUUGCAGAUUUUGGAUUCAUUGAGCAGGCAACUGAGUUGUACGAAGUAUUUCGGAAGGGUAUUGCUUAGUGGAUUGCUCCUGAGGUUGUUACGGGAAGUGGCUAUGGGCUUGCAGCAGAUAUCUGGAGCCUCGGUUGCACAAGUCUAGAGAUGAUGACCGGUCAAAUCCUAUAUUAUUGAUUUGAAAUUGUAUGUAGAAUUAUUAACCCCUUCUCCAUUGUUUUCCUUCUACUUUUCAGAUGAAGUAUGCAGUUUAAGAAAUCUAUUUUAAUGUGUGAAGUAAUUAUGAUGUCGUUAGGAGGCACCUAAAUUGCUACAGACCAACCUAAAUUGUUAAUCCCUCGAUUGUCAUGCAUAGAAUAUAUCAGCAGUCUGCAAAUAGCUAGGAUUUGGACAAUCUCAUCCUUAAAUCACUUGCAGAUGCAGGAACUUUUUUAGAUCGGGAAAUCUGAUCCCCCACAUAUCCAAGGAUGCACGAGAUUUCAUUCUUCAGUGUCUACAAGGAUGCACGAGAUCAACAUCAGAGAACCCUCUCUGACAUGUGUUGCUUCAAAAAGUCUUCAAAUUUCCGUACAUCACCAUUUAUCACCUUAAGGCCGAAACUUGUUCGAAACCUUGUAGUGUUCAUCAGGUUCAAAAUUUUCUUUACAGCUAUCAUACAUUUGCAAGUGUUAUUGUAUUAUUGUGUUCAUUAGUUCACUCAAUUUGCAAUUAGAAAUCAUGUUUUUGCCAGAGCCCGAAGUUUGGAUCUGCUGAACAUUUAACCUGUUAGGCUGACUAUAACACAAGUUAUCAUACUUGGAUGCAGAAGCCAGUUCACUGUUAAUUAAUUGUCUAGAUUCUAGAGUCUUCACCAUAACUGAAAUGAGUUAUACUAGUUCCUUUCUGCAAUGCUUGUAAUAAGAAGUAGCAAGAGGUUGUUUAGCAAAUUUGAUAUUGUUAUAAAAUAUAAGUGUUGU